AUGGUCUAUCAUGGAGCAAUAAAGGAGACACUUCCAUAUUUUACUAACCUUGGGUAUGUUUGUGAGGAGCAUGACAAUCCUGCUGACUUCCUACUUGAUGUUAUUAAUCAGUGUGAAGGACAGACAUCAGCCACUGCAGAUCUGUUAGCUAUUGAGUCAGAGAUGGUUCCUAUUGAUUUGUCCGAUAGUUACAUGUACCUAAAGUCCAGAGAGUAUGGGGACACUAGGAGAGAGUGUGAUAGGAUCAUUGAGGGACUGGAGAAGAAUGAGCGAGGAGUUAAGUUCAGUGGUUUAAGAGGAAAAUAUGCUACUAACUUCUUCUGGCAGUUAUUAGAUGAUGAAGGUGUUCAUGAUGAUGAUGGUGAGGAGAUGACCGAGUCAGAGUUGCUAGAGUAUCAGUUGUUCCUCAAGAAGUUACAGAGCAGUAGUUCAGGUCGAGUGGUGACUGUUGCUACUGCUCCAUCUGACAGAUGUAGCUCAUACCUCAAACACAAUCACUCAAAAGUGGGUGUGGAGAGUGUCAUUGCUAUGACGACAUCAACAAGUAGUCUUAACGAGGAAUUGAGACCGUCUUUGUCCAGUGGUAGUUUGACUGGUGCGAGCGAGAAGGAGCCAAUCAGAAUGGAAGAUAUUGGAAUUGAAGAAUGCAAUAAUGAAGAAGAUUUAUCAAUUACUGAUAGUGGGGUCAAUGGAUACCAGUCCAAACCUCAGUCUUCAUUGAGAAGGAAUGAGUCUCGGUCUUCAAGGAGGAACAGGUUUCAGUCUACAGAAAAGAAUAAUGAAAGGUCUCGGUUUAAGAGGAAUGGAUCUGGGCCUAACAGGAAUGAGUCUCAGCCUGAAAGGAGUGAGGAGUAUCAGACUACUGCUAAUCUUUCUUCAGUUUCAAAUGAAUUGACGUUAGUCGGCGUCGGCAUAUCAGAAGAGAAGGAGGAGGAGGAGGGAGAGGAUUUUCCUCAAGCAAUGGAGAGGGAUAGCAGUAAGAAUAUCAAUAAUGAAGUACAUGUACUGCAUGAAAUGGAAAGAGGAGAGGAGGAGCAGGAAGAGGAGGAUAGAGUUGAAGGUGCUCCUGAGAUACCAUUACUGAGAGUCAAAUCAACUACAAGUCUUUAUGUACCAGAUUAUGAGUAUCUUACUCUAGUAAGAGGAAGAGAGCCACUCCUUCAUAUGCUGCUCAUUGCAUUAACAGUUCAACUGCUCUUGGACCACCUUGUCCUCUGUAUGGGGUCACACAACCAACUGAAGCUGAAAAGUGUAUUACCGUCUGGAGGUGUUCAGUUGGCUUGUGCUGAUCUCCUUAUAAGGAAAGGAGCUAAUAUUGACCAGCAGGCUAUAGAUGGUUCAACAGCAUUACACAGUGCAUCAGUAGUUGGCUCGGUCUCUUUUAUUCAGUUACUAUUAAUGAAUGGAGCUAAUCCUAAUGCUAUAGAUAAUGAUAGUGGGCUACCAUUACACUGGGCUACCAUUACACUGGGCCAUUGCAUCACAUUCUGUUGA